AUGACAGACUCACCGGCCGAAGACGUCCCCGAGACAACCCGUCCUUCCUCCGGAACCUAUAUUCCACCCUCCGUCCACGAAACAGCCCUUAUUGCAGGCUCAUCAUUCACACAUAUCUCAGCCGUUCCUCCAUCGCUGCUUCCUACCGAUCCUUCAGACCCAUCUUCCGGAACACCAUGCUGUCUCGGUGUUGACGAAGCUGGCCGUGGCCCCGUCCUGGGCCCUAUGGUCUACGGCGUUUUCUUCCUUCCCAUCUCCCUCUCCGACUCUCUUCUCCGCGAGACACACCACUUUGACGAUUCAAAGGUCCUGAAACCUGCUGUGCGCUCUGAUCUUAUGCGCACGCUGUGUACGCCUGGUUCAGACCUCUACGAAUCAUGCGGUUGGGCUACGGCCUCGUUGUCGGCAAGGGACAUUGGUGCGAACAUGUAUCGACCUACAACUGCGUACAAUCUCAAUGCUCAGGCUAUGGACGCCACGGUCGAUCUGAUUAAGGCUGUGUAUGCUCUUGGUGUCAAUCUCCAGGAGAUUUACGUUGAUACCAUCGGUCAGCCCGCUGCCUACCAGGCCAAACUGCAGCGUGUAUUCCCUACGGCAAAGAUCACUGUCGCUAAGAAAGCAGAUAGUCUUUACCCUUGUGUUAGUGCUGCCUCAGUUUGCGCAAAGGUCACUCGCGAUGCCGCGCUGGAGGUGCUAUUUGAAGCGAGGGCAGAUGAGGAGGAAAGGGGUGGUGAGGGAAUGGCUUGGGGCUCAGGUUACCCAUCUGAUGGAAACUGUGUAAGCUGGAUGAAGAACAACAUGCACCCUGUAUUUGGGUGGGGUCCAGAGUGUCGGUUCAGCUGGGGCACAGCGAAGGAUAUGCUCGAGGGCAAGGGAAAUGGCGUCAAGGUCGAGUGGCCACCAGAGGACGAUGGAGAGACAAGCAGAGUCACUGAUUUCUUCGUCGCGGGAGACAAGAAUAAGGAGUCCUCGGAAUUGGGCAAUUGGUUUGGUACUCCUGCGGAUUUGGAAGCAUUUUAG